CUCCUCUUAUCCCGCCUCCUGCUCGGCUGCUGCCUUCUCUUUCUCCUAAAACGCUGAUGUGUUACUAACUUCAGCCUUCAAGUCUGCAAAAAUGUUCAAUUUCGGAUCCAAAUUGCUGCUGCUGUUCCUGCUGGCCUUCCCCUGCGGACUCAUAUCCAUUGGCCACGUCUCUGCAGACUCGGACUCUGCUGAGGACAUCGUUGAGGACCCAGAUGCUGCAGUAGAUGAGGAGGAUGACGACGAUGAAGAUGUGCUCGUUGAAGAGGAUAACAUACAAGCUUCGGAAGGAGAUGAAGAGGACUCGGAUGAAGCUGCUGAUAAACUGUUAACGUCUCACUCUGAUGCCGACACGACCAUCAUCUUCACGACGGGAGAAGAGUUUCCUGCAAAUGAAAUUGUGAGGUUCCUGGUGGGUUUCACCAACAAGGGAAGUCAGGAUUUCACUGUUCAGUCAUUGGAGGCCUCCUUCCGUUACCCCCAAGACUUCCAGUUCUACAUUCAGAAUUUCACAGCUCUGCCCCUGAACACCGUGGUUCAGCCUCAGGCUCAGGCCUCCUUUGAGUACUCUUUCAUCCCAGCUCAGCCCAUGGCCGGUCGUCCAUUUGGUCUCGUUAUCCUCCUCAACUAUCUUGACUCUGAGGGCAGCGUGUUCCAGACUGCCAUCUACAACCAGACUGUCACCAUCACUGAGAAAGAAGAAGGACUGGAUGGAGAAACAGUGUUCAUGUACGUGUUCCUGGUUGGACUGGUGUCCCUCAUGCUCUUUGGCUUAUACCAGGCCCUGGAGUCGAGGACGAAAAAGAGGCUUCCUGUGAAAAUAGAGAAGGGCACCGGUGGGAUUAGUGAUGUGGACAUCAGCUGGAUUCCUCAGGAGACUCUCAAUGUCAUGAACAAGGCUUCUCCUAAAACAUCUCCAAGGAAACGAACCAAGAGGGCAGCUGGAGCAGAUCAGUAAAUUUGUCUGUUUCCAUCCGUCAUCAUGCUGUCUGUCAGACUCUCAGAGCUCCUCACUACACUUAUACAGUUCCCAUUUUGAAAGGAUCAACAUUUCUGGAAUUCAGUUUUCAGCCCGAGCAGUGAAUUCAAGAUGUUUGCCAGGAUCUCUGCCUCUCAGUCUGAUGUUCCUGCAUUAUCACGACCACAGAGCGUCCUGGACACUCCACUGCUUUUGUUAGAGUGCAACAAAUUUCAACACUAACGGGACUGAACUGUUCAUUUUAGGGACCUUUUUUUUAUCAUUGUGUAUGAAAGGUGAUAGAAAUAUACCAAAUAAAACUGAAAGGGAUGCGGUACAAACUGCCCUCUAGAAGAGAGCUGAAUUUAUCCAUAUGAAUGCUGUGAGGUCGUAAUUGUGUUUGAUUUUAUUGAUGUUUUUAUUUAGAGGUUAGUUAUCUGCAUUAUUGGAUAAAAUGGGAUUUAUGACUUCAAACUAUGUUGUUUUGAGAAUGAGAUGAAUCCCUAUCAUUUCUGUCAUCUAAACACCACUGUGCCUUAUCUGUAAACUGCAUUUGUGUUGUCCUGCAAAGCCUUAAUUUUAGGAAAACAAUAGAUGCUAUUUAAUUGAAAAAUCUCCCACCGAUACCCUCCGCAUGUGGCCUGAGGUUUGUAAAGCUUUCGUUUCAAGGAAAAGUUAGUUCCAGAGUGGUGCAAUGGCAGCUGCAAGUGCAACAAACAUUAAACAGUGUUCUCUCAACAUUUCUGCAGGUUCAUUUACCAGGGUUUUUUUUUUCACCUUACUGUUGCAAGAACUUGGUGAAGAAUUGCAGACACUCUACUGGGUGUUAAUGAUCUGGUCUUUCAGGUUAUAUGCCAGUAUUUGUGAUAAAACACCUUUUUAAAACAAUAAAAUGGUGAACUAAA